UUUACUGAAUUUUGCUUCACAUUUGCAAAACAUUGGCUUCUUGUGUGGUAGUAAUAAUAAGUACAAAACUUUGAUUUAAUGCAUUAGGAUUUGAAAUAACAAAUAAAAUAAAUUUCCCUGUGGUAAUAUCAGACUUAUACUCAGCUCAUUUGGAGGUUGUUUUGUUUUGCUGUGAUGUCACAUACUUCAUCCAAGUGAAACUAAAACCUGAGAGUGAGGACCUGGUUAGUCCUCACUCUCGAACAGCUCAGAAUCAGACAGCUUGAUUUUAAGUUGACAUCUCAACUCAGCAAAGUUCUCUAUUUACUUAAUCAGAAGUCAGAAAUUUAUUCGGAAGAAACCUGAGGAAAUGGGAGGACAAUCAUCUCAACCUCCUCCUCCUCCUCCUCCUCCACUUCUUAAUAAACCGUGGAGGAGAAUAGACUGGGGAAACAAACAGGAAUCUCUCGAGUACGUUAUCUACUACAAACUUCACAAUAAAGAGCAGCAGCUCAGGAUUCUUCUUCAUGGACAAUGCGGAGCAGGAAAAUCCAGUUUCAUCAACUCUGUCCAAAGUGUUUUAAGAGGCAGGAUGUACAGACAGGCUUUGACAGCCAACACCUCUGGUGAUAGUUUCACCAAAAAGUACAAAACCUACAAGAUCGAAAGAGAUUCUCCAGAUGUAUUUUACCCUUUUGUCUUUGAUGACAUCAUGGGCCUCAGCACAGACAAAGGUGUCAUUGUAGAUGACAUCAAACUGAUUUUGCACGGACAUGUGAAGGACAAUUACAAGUACAAUCCAGAAUCUAAAUUAUCAGAAGGUGAUGAGCAUUUCAACAAAACUCCAACAGAUAAUGAUAAGGUUCAUGUCCUGGUUUGUGUCGCUGCUGCUGACACAUUGUCAACCAUGAGUGACGAAGUCUUGAGGCAGAUUAAGGAAAUCAGGGAGGAAGCAAGUAAACUGGAUAUUCCUCAAUUAGCCAUUCUUACCAAAGUUGAUGCAGCCUGUCCAGAGGUGAAGAAGGAUUUGAAGAAUGUCUACAGGAGCACAUAUAUGAAAGAGAUGAUGGAAAGGUUUAGUGCAGCAGUGGGGAUUCCUAUGGACUGCAUCUUCCUCGUUAAGAACUAUCAUGAGGAAAUUGACCUCAAUGAGGACAUCGACUUACUGAUCCUAAACGCCCUGAAACACAUUCUGUAUUCUGGAGAAGACUUUGUCAAGAUGAAGUUGCAAACAAGAAUAGAAUAGUGUAGUUGCAGAUAAUAUAGAAAAUGAACAUGAAAAAUCUUGUAGUUAAUAUGUUGGUCUACCAAGGUCUAACCCGCUGUUUAGAUUAGAAGGUGUCAGAAGCAGAAGAGAUUCAAUGUACAUUAUAAUUAGGGGUUAGAUUAGUGUUGAUUAGUGCAGGGAUAAUUGUUAUGAUAUACUCCAUAAUCACAGUCAAGCAACAAAAGCAUCAAUGGCACUGACCUGAAGGUGUCGCUAACUGAAAUUAUUCUGUCUUGAGUUAUUUGGGAUACUAGAGUUUGUAAGUCAAGGUGUCUUCUGAUUGUUGAAAAUCACAUAAUGACAGUAAACCAGGACUAAUGACAGUCUGUAAUCUGAUUUUUGCUGAAUGAAUAAAAAUGUUAAUCACUGA